AUGUUGAGCCCGACUUUUGUUCUGUGGGAUUUGGGGUUUCCCUUAUAUACCUAUGGCUCCAUCUUCAUUAUUAUCCUAAUUGUCUGGCAAGUGAAAAAGUGUUACCAUGGAUUAACAUUGGAACAUAAAAGGAGCUGCUGCCAGCGUCACCGAAAAGUCAGACAAAGGGCUAGAGAUGCAGCAUCAAGAGCUAGGAGACAUUCCCGGGAAGAAGCUGAGAAGCCGUGGGAGCUGCUGUCUGUCAUGAGAAGCCAGGGCUGGCUUCCUCAGGAGGGGAGUGUGCGGCAGAUCCUGUGUGCAGAUCCCUGCUGCCAAACCUGCAACGCUGUGGCUCUGGAGAUUCAGCAGGUGGUGCAGCAUGCCAGGAGACAGCUGGAAUUCCGCCUCCAGAGACAGUUGAUUCACCACCGCUGGGGCCUGCCGCAGAAGAUCCAACAGUCCAUUCAAUUGCUCCUGUCCCCCACUAAUCAGCAGACUAUGUCCCGGAGCAACACAUCCCUAGACAGUGUGAAUGGCUCCCGGCCUACAUCUCUAGAGACCGCUGGGGCUGAUGACCCAUUCUCACCCAUUGUGGACCCAGUGACAGUCCCCAUGCCACACUUGUUUGACCAGGCCAAGGCAAUAUUGCAAAGCCAUAUCGACUCCAAAUGUGGGCAGAUUCACCAGGGCAAUGUCCCUGCCUGUGUAUAUAGCUCUUGGGAGUGCAUAAUUCCUGGGGGCCUGGAAGUGACUCCCUUCACCUGCAUCCCAGAAAGCAAGCCCCUGGAACCACAGGCAGCAAGUGACCCGGACCUACAACAGAAAAUUACACCCUGGAUGCUGACAGCCCUUGAUCAGCAGCAACAAACCUCACCAGAUGCUGUCAUUGAACAUCCUAAGCUGCCCCGAGCCCUGUCUGAGGACUCCAUUGAGAAACUGGAGACAACUUUACGGCACAAGUAUCUGGCCUUCUUGUCAGGGCUGCCGGCUCCUUAUUAUGUGGCUCUCUCUAGGGACAUGGCCCCAGCAAUCACUUCCCAAGCUAUGAUCACAGAGAUGGUACCUGGGCCUAUCGAAUUCCCAACAGAACCUCUGACUCAGAUGACCUCACCUGAAGAGCAGGGUCUAAGUCCUGGGUCAGGCUUUCAAGAUGCCAACAAGGCUUGUGCAGACAUUGCAGAUGAAGUCCAGGCUGAAGUGCAGGCGGAAGAAGUAAUUGAGAUGGUGCCUCUAGAAAGUCAGGCAGAGCCUGCGAGGCCCUCCUCACUUGGAGAACACAAAUUGGCCAAACUAAAUUUCCAUCUGAGAAAUAAGAUGCUAGAGAUGCAACUGGGAAUUCCCAUGACGGCAAGGAAGUCCAGGAAACAAAUUGUAGCAGCCUCAGAGAACAUAUGCACACAGGAGUCUCUUGGGAGUCUAAACAACCAAGGAAACACACUGCUCCAGGAACUCCCCAUCCCACGAGAUAUGCCACGUGCCCCAGAUCCAGAAUGCCUCUAUUCCAAAGAACAGCUGGCCACUGAGUUGAAGGCAGCGUAUCAGAAACAGAAGCAACCCAGUUCCAGUGCAGUAUCCCACGGUUCUGUCCACUGGGCCUCCAAUAUCUCGCAACCCAGUGGGGACCUGACAGAGGCCCAGGUGCUUUGUGGUCAGCUGGAGGCCAGUGUGAACAACCACAACCUGAAGGAGCCCUGGAGCCCUGAGCCCCAAAGCCCUGACAAGAGCAAGGACUCAGCCCAAGUACCCACACUGGCAGAAAAGAGAGAGGAGCCAGGCAAACCCAAAUCGGCCGGGGACCACAGAGAAGGGGAUGCCGGGUUUGCAGUCUCCUCCACAAGAGAGAAAAGCCACUCUGCUGAAGCCCAGAGGCCAGAAGGGAUGCUUCUGAAAGGGACACCCUGCAGCCCCUGGCGACGGAGACAUCGCUUUCACCCUGAUGCUCCCUGUCAACACAGUCCCCAGCAUCGCCCUCAGCUUAAACCCCCAGAGCUACCUCCUGGAGUCCCUGGGGGGAAAGACUCUGAGAAGAAUGACCUGCAAGAGAAUCAAGCCAAGCUCAAUGUCAUCCUCAAACCAGCAAGGGUUCCUGAGAAGGCCCAGCCUGUGGUGCCCCAGGUGUCACAGGGCCAGCCUUUCCUAGGCCAGCUCACUCCGGGUAAGCCGUCGCAGGGCCGAACUUUACAAGGUCAGGUUUUUCAGGGGCAGGUGAUGCAAGGCCGUACUCACAAGAGGCCCAGCUUUCCAGAAUCUGGCUGGAGAAAUAAGAUGAAAUCUUUUCUGCACUUUAUUAACCCCAAGACAAAAGGCAAAGGGCGUGAGGAAUCCAUGUCCUCCACAUCUGAGAAAGUGGCCAACACCAGAAAAGAAAAUGUGGGAAAGAGCCUGGCUUCAGCCAAAAGUCCCAAGGGGCAAACUAAGACGGAGAAGACAAGAGGGGACCCUAAGGCCCAAUUUCCGCCCACUGGGAAGCAGGUGGGCUUGGCGUUCUUGGAUGUGCUCCGCUCCCCAGACAGUAAGCUCCGGCACCGCCCCCGCUCCCAUCAACUCCACUCUGCCUCAGUCCCGGGCAUCCCCUGCUGCCGCCCUCGGCACCGUCCUUGA